GAAUGGAUAUCAUAUGAUCAGUUUGAUGAUAUUAGAGAAAUAGGUAAAAGAUGUUAUUCUACAGUAUAUUCAGCAAUAUGGAAGGAUGGUUUAUUAUAUGAUAAAAAAAUCAAUCAUCAAUGGAAAGGAAUAAGAAAACAAGAAUAUAAAUGGGAAAGAAAACCAAAUGCAAAAGUUGCUUUGAAAUGUUUACAUAAUUCCAAAAAUUUUCUUGAUGAAUUUAUAAAUAAAGUUAAAAUAUACUCAAAUAGAUCAAUGGAAAAUAUUCUUAAAAUAUAUGGAAUAUCUCAAAAUCCGAAUACAAAUGAUUAUAUUAUGGUAUUUGAAUAUGCAGAAGGUGGAACUUUCAAUAAUUAUCUAGUAAAAAAUCACGAAAGUUUUGAUUGGCUUAAGGGAUUAAGUGCAUUAGCUAAUAUUAUUAAUGGACUUAAUGAAAUUCAUCAAAAUCACAUAGUUCAUCGUAAUUUUCAUAUUGGAAAUAUAUUAUUUACAAAAAUGGAUCCUGGUGAUAAAGAUUAUAUUAAUUAUAAUUAUAAUCAUAUUAAUGAUCGUUAUGAAGCAUGUAUUUCUGAUAUAGGAUUAUUUAGAAAAAUUGGAGAUACUGAUAAAACAAAUAUUUAUGGAGUUAUGCCUUACGUGGCACCUGAAGUAUUAAAAGGAAAACCUUAUACUCGAGCAGCAGAUAUAUACAGUUUUGGUAUGAUUAUGUACGUUGUUGCAACUGGAAAACAACUUUUUGCUAAUUGUGCUCAUGAUAAGUCUCUAAUAUUAAAUAUAUACAGUGGAGUUAGGCCUGAAUUAAAUGAGAAAAUUGCACCAAAAUGCUAUAUUGACUUGAUGAAAAAAUGUUGGAAUUUAGAUCCAGACAAUAGACCGGGAUCUGUUGAAAUAAAAGAAUUGAUUUACUUAUUUUAUAAUUUGUUAAAUGGGAGCUGUCGAACAGCACAAGAACAUCAUUAUGAAAUUAGAAAACAAUUUGAACAGACUCAAGAACAUAGAAAAGAAAAUCUUUUAAUGAUUGAAAGUAAACCAAUUGACUACUCAUACACAAGCUAUUUAUACAUCUAGAUUACUUAAUCCUUUUAC